CCUAAAUUGGAUUUAGAAUUAUUCAUCAGUCCUCUUGCACCAUUCGCCAUUGUGAGCAACUGUGGUCGAAAUAUGGUAUUCUUGGCAAGCGUGGAAUAUGCUUUCUCGGGUCGGUUUUUAGUUUCGUCAGGGCUCCCUCCGGGAUGAGAGUGUUUGUCCUUCCAUACAACGAUGCAGAAAAACUCUGCUCGUUUUCGAAUCCAAAUCCCAAGAGCGAACCAAGUCCUGACCUUACUUGGGGUAGAGUCAAACAAUGCCAAUUCUUCACCAUCCUCUUCGUUUGCGUGGGCAUUCUCAUAUUCCAAGCUUCUCAAUGCGUAAUCAAAUACUUGGACGCAUCCACCGGAACCGGGGAUAAAUAUGUCCACGUGGCUCGAACCAGUUUCCCAGUUAUGACCAUCUGUCCUUCAUAUCCGUACAAACUGGAUCGGCUUCAGUAUCACGGGAUCAUGACUAAGAGCGAUAUCCAAUUCAAUUCCCAAUGGACUUCCAAUGACUCCACGGUAGACCCCGUCACUUUUUACGAGGAUAUAGUGGUGGGGGUGGAAGAGAUUGUGGAAGAUAUUCUGAUUUAUGCCGAGGUACCGAUUAAUGGAACGAACAGUUUCAUGUUGUAUGGGAAUUCCACAUUCUGCGGGCAAGGCUUGUUCCAGAUCGAGCAAUACUAUUAUAACGGGGAUUGCUACGCCUUGGAGUUGCCGGAUUGUCUCGUUGAAGCGGGGGUGUUGGAGAUUGUUUUUGAUUUCCGGACCAAAACCGAUAUCUUCAUCCAUCAUAAGGGCCAGUUUCUCAGUCCCAAUGCACGAUCUCGAGUGGAUGUCGAUACAGGACAUUUCGUCAAGAUUGCUGUUAAUCAUGAGGUGGUCCAACUUCUCGGGGACGACGGAUCUUGUGUAAACGUGAAGAUUGAUUAUGACACGUGUAUUUACCAAACUCUGAGGGAUUUGAUGUUGGCACAAGUUGGCUGCACAGUUCCAUGGUUGCCAGAUAAAUCCAAAAUUUGCAUAGUGGAAGAGGAUCGGAAGAAUGUGACCGUGAUCUACCAAGCUAACCGGCGGAACCAGAAGAACAUUUGCCCUAACAGCUGUUUAUUUACUAACAUGUAUUUUGGCCCCCCUGUAACAGGGAUGGCGAAUGAGGAGGAAUCUAAUAUUGGCCGCGCCAUUUUUUAUUUCCGAAGAGAUAUCAAGACCACUACAGAAUACUUUCUAUAUUCGCCUUUGUCCAUGUUGGCUGAAAUUGGAGGUUAUGUGGGGCUUCUUUUGGGAAUGUCCUUGUUCAAAUUGACGGAGAUGAACAACAUUCUCAUUGAUUGGUAUAUGACGAAAAGCGCCAGAGAUAAAUGCUAAGACUAUCCAGGCAGGAGGAAGCUCAACCGGAGGAAGAUAUGGACCAAAAAUAUCAUUUGAUGUGUUGAACUGAAUUAGGACUUUUUUCAGCGUCUCAUGUGAUAAUUCCUUUUUUACCUCAUUUCAGACCACAUGGUCUGAAGUUUUGAGGCAUUUUGAACUCCAAAGGAAGUGUUUCUCUAUUAGUUUGGCCACUAGUAAUGCUCAGGAUAAUAAAAAAAAUGUUUAAAGAUC